GAGGUCGAGUGCCGUGUUGAGGAAGAGCUGAAGAUUAGAUUCAGAUUACUGUUCCCCAACGAACCCAUUCUCCUGAGUUCUACUGCUUGUUCACUGUCGAUCUUUUCAUUUCAUUUCCUCUGCAAGGCAGGCAUCAAACUAGUAGUGAGCUCUGGAUAUAAAAAAUGGAUGAAAGUUGCAGAUAAUGAAACGUUACCGGAUCAGAGUAUCAAUUCAUGGAGACAUGUGCCUUCUAUUUUCCUAGGUUUCUUCCAUCAAUCUCUUUUUUUACCCCACGAUCUUCCAUACUUCAUCUCCGGUAGCUAGAUCCCCCUUGUCAUUAUGCUCAGGAGAUCUUAAAAUUUUGUUUACUAUUGCUACAUGUGCCCAUGUAUUGAAUGGACCUUGUGCUGGCAGUUGCAGCCUUCGAAGUAAUGAUCCAGGGGUGGACAGAGUAUGUUGGUAUCAACCGUUUUAUGUGUUUCCGUGCAAUCAACCAGAUGAUGGAUUAUACCUAGGUGCUCAUAGUAUCAAUAUUCUUCUUAUAUAAAGGCUUCAUCUGCUACUUCGCUACAUCCAAUUUUCUUGCACAACCAUCACUCCUUUUGUAUAUACCAUCUUUGAAUAUGAUUUUCUUCCCUUCAUUUUGGAUCAUUCUUGGUCUCAUUUCUUCAUGUCUCGGUCAAGCCUAUUGGUAUGAGACAAUUGCCCAUCAGGGAGUCGCUCCUUAUAAUCCCCAAGGAACCGCAUAUCAAGUGUUCAGAAACGUAAAGGACUUUGGAGCCACAGGCAACGGUGUCACCGAUGAUACAGCUGCAAUAAAUGCUGCAAUUGCGUAUGGAUCUCGCUGCGUCGAAGGGGUUCCAGGAGUUGGAUGUGCAUCUGCCACUAACUCCCCAGCUGUGGUGUACUUUCCUGCUGGAACUUACUUGAUCUCAUCUCCCAUUCUUCCAUACUACAUGACCCAAUUGAUUGGAAAUCCAAAUGCUUUACCAACCAUCAAGGCCACUGCUGGCUUUGUAGGUAUAGCACUUAUUGAUGCAGACCCUUAUGGAUCAUCUGUACCGGAUUAUGGAACUACGAAUGUGUUUUAUCGUCAAGUGCGAAAUUUCAUCAUUGAUACUACAAGCAUUCCAGCUACUUCUUUGGCACGAGGUAUUCAUUGGCCAACAUCUCAAGCAACCAGUCUUCAGAAUAUGGUUUUCAAUCUCAAUAAAGCGAGUGGUACUUUGCAUCAAGGAGUUUUCAUAGAGAAUGGUUCUGGUGGGUAUAUGAAUGAUCUCAUAUUCAAUGGUGGCCAAUAUGGUAUGAGUGUUGGAUCGCAGCAAUUUACCUCGCGAAAUUUAACAUUUAAUAACUGCGGCACCGCCAUAUAUCAACUUUGGGAUUGGGGAUGGACAUAUAUGGGUUUAUCGAUCAACAACUGUGCCAUAGGUCUUGAUAUGUCUGAUGGUGGUUCUACAGCACAACAAGUUGGAUCAGUGACUGUCAUCGACAGCACUUUCUCUAAUACUCCUAUCGGUAUUCUUACUGCUCGAAGCAGUACAUCACUUCCUCUUACUGGUGGAAGUCUAGCCAUCGAAAAUGUAGUUUUCACUAAUGUACCAACCGCUGUCGAAGGUGCCAAUGGUGCAUCUUUAGCAGGAAGCACUGGUUCCAUAACAGUCGCUGCUUGGGUACAAGGAAACGCCUAUAGCCCUGCAGGCCCCACUUCAACUCAAGGUGCAACAUCUGCUUUCCCUCGUCCAGCAUCAUUGCUCAGUGCUACAAAAUACUAUACUCGAUCUAAACCUCAAUACAACACUCUUGCAGCCACUCAAUUUGCCAGCGUUCGUACAGCCGGAGCUAAGGGCGAUGGAGUAACAGAUGAUUCAGCUGCUAUUCAAGCAAUCAUCACUUCUGCAACUGCUGCAGGGAAAGUGGUAUACUUUGAUUCUGGUAUUUACAAAGUAACCACCACAAUUUCUAUUCCAGCAGGUGCUCGUAUUGUUGGAGAAACUUAUCCCGUGAUAAUGGGAUCUGGAUCUUUCUUCGCCAAUAUGGCUGCUCCUCAACCAGUCGUGCGGAUCGGCUCCACGAGUGGCGAAACCGGGAUUGUAGAAUGGUCCGAUAUGAUUGUAUCGACGCAAGGCGCCACAGCGGGGGCAACACUCAUCCAGUGGAAUCUCGCAUCUCCAUCUACCACGCCUUCAGGAGUAUGGGAUGUUCAUACCCGAAUUGGUGGGUUUGAUGGUAGUAAUUUACAGGUUGCUCAAUGUCCUACUACAGGUACUCAACCGAAUACUAAUUGUAUUGCCGCGUUUAUGAGUAUGCAGAUUACUAAUCUUGCGAGUGGAUUGUAUAUGGAAAAUGUAUGGUUGUGGACUGCAGAUCAUGAUAUUGAUGAUGUGAUUGAUACUCAAAUUUCUAUUUAUAGUGGAAGGGGAUUGUCGGUUGAGAGUACUACUGGAAACUUUUGGUUGAUUGGAACGGCUGUGGAACAUCACGCACUUUACCAAUACCAAUUCGCGAAUACUCAAAAUGUAUUUAUGGGAUAUAUCCAAACUGAAACCCCCUACUACCAACCCGUCCCCCAAGCAACCUCGCCCUUCCCCCCAAUCACCACCCUCAACGACCCCGACUUCUCCACUUUCUGCGCCGGCAAAUCUUCUACAUGUUACGACGCAUGGGGACUCCGCAUAUUAGAUUCCAAAAACAUUCUCGUCUACGGCGCUGGUUUUUACAGUUUCUUUAACGAUUAUAGUCUUACAUGUUCCAACCACACUACCACAACCUACAACAGCAACUGCCAAACGCAAAUUUUCGGGAUCGACGAAGGCGGUUCCGCGUCGGAAUCAUAUUCUGGUUCCUCGGUGUAUGUGUAUGGAUUGAAUACGCUGGGCGUGGAAAGUAUGAUUGAUAUGGAUGGGAACAGCGUGGCAGCUUAUACGGCGAACGCGAAUGUUUAUGGGGCGAACGUGGUGAGGUUUGUUAGUUAGUUUGUUAGUUGGAGGAAAGAGGGCGAAGAUGGUAGUGGUGAUGGAGAUGAAGAUGGGGAAGAGGCGUGGGGGAUGGAAAAUGAAUAAAUGUAGUGGGAAUUCUCUGUAUAUAUUGUUGUUAGCUUCUGUGCGAUAAUUGAAUCGGUGGUGAAUACGCUACAUUCUCGCUAGUACUCAAAUCUUCAAAAACAUGAAGGUCAAUAUACCCUACACACA